AUGAGUUCAAAAGCAAAGGCUAAUAAAAAGGGAGAAACUAAAUCUCAUAAUGAAAGAAUUGCCAUUGUUAGUACAGAUAGAUGUAAGCCAAAAAAAUGUAAACAAGAAUGUAGAAAAAGUUGUCCCGUUGUCAAAACUGGUAAAUUAUGUAUUGAAGUUACACCAGCAUCAAAAAUAGCAUUUAUUUCAGAAACACUUUGUAUAGGUUGUGGUAUAUGUGUUAAAAAAUGUCCAUUUGAUGCAAUUACAAUUAUUAAUUUACCAACUAAUUUAGAUGCUGAAACAACACAUAGAUAUUCAGCAAAUUCAUUUAAAUUACAUAGAUUACCAACACCAAGACCGGGUCAAGUUUUAGGUUUAGUUGGUACUAAUGGUAUUGGUAAAUCAACAGCUUUAAAAAUUUUAGCAGGUAAACAAAAACCAAAUUUAGGUAGAUAUGAUGACCCACCAGAUUGGGAAGAGAUUUUAAGACAUUUUAGAGGAUCUGAAUUACAAAAUUUUUUUACAAAAGUUUUAGAAGAUGAUAUAAAAGCAAUUAUAAAACCUCAAUAUGUUGAUAAUAUUCCAAGAGCAUUGGCAAAAUCAAAAGUUAAAAAAGUUGGUGAAAUUUUAAAUAGUAAAAAUGAAAGAAAAGAACAUUUUGAUUAUGCUUUACAUGUAUUAGAAUUAAAACAUGUUCUAAAUAGAGAAGUUGAACAAUUAUCCGGUGGGGAAUUACAAAGAUUUGCAUUGGGGAUGACUUGUGUUCAAGCUGCAAAUGUUUAUAUGUUUGAUGAACCUUCUUCAUAUUUAGAUGUUAAACAAAGAUUAAGAGCUGCUGAAAUUAUUAGAUCUUUAUUAAAUGCAACCACUUAUAUUAUAUGUGUUGAACAUGAUUUAUCAGUCCUUGAUUAUUUAUCAGAUUUUGUUUGUAUAUUAUAUGGUGUCCCAUCAGUUUAUGGUGUUGUUACAUUACCAAGUUCAGUUAGAGAAGGUAUUAAUAUAUUUUUAGAUGGUCAUAUACCUACAGAAAAUAUGAGAUUUAGAACAGAAUCAUUACAAUUUAGAUUGGCUGAUGCAGCAGAUGAUUUCAUAUUAGAUAAAUCAAAUGCAUUAAAUUAUCCAUCAAUGGAAAAAACUCAAGGUGAUUUUAAAUUAAGAGUUGAAGCUGGUGAUUUUACAAAUUCAGAAAUUUUAGUUAUGAUGGGUGAAAAUGGUACUGGUAAAACAACAUUUUGUAAAUUAUUAGCAGGUGCAAUACCAGCAGAUGGUAAUAAAGAUAUACCAAAAUUAAAUGUUUCAAUGAAACCACAAAAAAUUGCUCCAAAAUUUACAGGUACUGUUCGUCAAUUAUUUUUUAAAAAAAUUAGAGCAUCAUUUUUACAUCCCCAAUUUCAAACAGAUGUUGUUAAACCAUUAAAAAUAGAAGAUAUAAUUGAUCAAGAAGUUCAAACAUUAUCAGGUGGUGAAUUACAAAGGGUUGCAAUUGUUUUAGCAUUGGGUAUUCCUGCAGAUUUAUAUUUAAUUGAUGAACCAUCAGCUUAUUUAGAUUCAGAACAACGUAUUAUAUGUUCAAAAGUUAUAAGAAGAUUUAUCUUACAUGCAAAGAAAACUGCAUUUAUAGUUGAACACGAUUUUAUUAUGGCUACUUAUUUAGCUGAUAGAGUUAUUGUAUUUGAAGGUGAACCAUCAAAAAAUGCAAUUGCAAAAUCUCCAGAAUCUUUAUUAACUGGAUGUAAUAGAUUUUUGAAAAAUUUAAAUGUUACAUUUAGAAGAGAUCCAAAUUCUUAUAGACCAAGAAUUAAUAAAUUGGAUUCACAAAUGGAUAAAGAACAAAAAGCAUCUGGUAAUUAUUUCUUUUUGGAAAACACAGAAUUAUGA